AUGGGGAAAGACAGUUCCGAUUGUGAUUCCCAUCACAAACGUCUUGGUCUUUUAAAAGAUCAAGUUCACUUGGUUAAAAGGAAAGACUGUGAUCGCCAUGAGAUUGCUCCAAUCCAAGACCAACUAUCAUUUGAGAAGGGUUUUUUCAUAGUAAUUCGUGCAUGCCAAUUGUUAGCCCAAAAGAAUGAUGGAAUAGUAUUGGUGGGGGUGGCAGGUCCUUCUGGGGCGGGCAAGACUGUAUUUACCGAAAAGAUACUCAACUUCAUGCCCAGUAUUGCCGUCAUUUCAAUGGAUAAUUACAACGAUUCUAGUCGAAUUGUUGAUGGAAACUUUGAUGAUCCACGCUUAACAGACUACGACACAUUACUCCAGAAUUUAAAUGAUUUAAAGGAAGGAAAGCCUGUUCAAGUUCCCAUAUAUGAUUUCAAGUCCAGUUCACGAACAGGAUACAGGACUGUAGAAGCCCCGACUUCUCAAAUUGUGAUUAUAGAGGGCAUCUAUGCCUUGAGCGAAAAGUUGCGACCUCUACUUGACCUUCGAGUCUCUGUUACAGGAGGAGUUCACCUUGACCUUGUGAAGCGAGUUAUUCGUGAUAUUCAACGUGCUGGUCAAGAACCAGAAGAAAUCAUUCAUCAAAUAUCUGAGACGGUGUAUCCAAUGUACAAGGCCUUUAUUGAGCCAGAUCUCCAGACAGCACAUAUAAAAAUCAUCAACAAAUUCAAUCCAUUUACUGGAUUCCAGAGCCCGACUUACAUAUUAAAGUCAGCAAAAAAUUUAGAAGUGGAUCAAAUUAAAGCUGUUCUCUCUGAGGAUUUUAUGGAAACAACCGAGCAAACUUAUGACAUAUAUCUUCUUCCCCCCGGUGAAGAUCCAGAAACUUGCCAAUCAUAUUUGCGGAUGCGAAAUAAGGAUGGGAAAUACAGUCUCAUGUUUGAGGAAUGGGUGACAGAUAAUCCAUUUGUUAUAUCACCAAGAAUUACUUUUGAGGUCAGUGUGCGCCUUCUAGGUGGACUAAUGGCCUUGGGAUACACAAUAGCUACUAUCCUUAAGAGAAACAGUCAUGUUUUUUCUGAUGAUAGGGUUUGUGUGAAACUCGAUUGGCUUGAGCAACUUAAUAGACAUUAUGUUCAGGUACAAGGAAGAGAUCGCUUAGUUUUAAAAUACAUAGGACAGCAGCUGGGUCUAGAUGGUUCCUACAUUCCUCGGACCUACAUUGAGCAAAUUCAAAUUGAAAAGCUUGUGGAUGAGGUUAUGGCCCUACCAGAUGAUUUGAAGACAAAGCUCAGCCUAGAUGAGGAUUUGGUGUCAAGCCCCAAGGAAGCACUUUCUAGAGCCUCUGCUGAUAGAGUUGCCAUGAGAAAUAAACAUCUGAGGAGCGGAAUGUCACAGUCAUAUACCAAUCAAAGAGACAGAAACCUAGCCAAGGUUACUGGAUAUGAUGCCAACAACAGAAGGUUUGGUGAAAGAAAUUCAGAGUCCAGUGCAAUGUCAGUUAAUCAGGGAGCCAUCAAUCAGCUUUCAGACCAAAUUUCUGCCCUCAAUGAUAGAAUGGAUGAGUUUACAAAUCGUAUCGAAGAGCUGAACUCCAAGUUAAACACCAGUAGAAAUUCUCCAAGCCAACAAAAUCUGUCACUUCAAGCUGAGACAUGCAAUGGAUCUGCUCCCACCUCUUACUUCAUAACUAGUUUGGGCAAUGGUUCUCUAACUGGAUCUAAAAUGGCAAAUUCCUCUUCGUCGUCACAGUUAACUAAGGAUUUUCCUUUCAUGGAUGAGAAAGCCAUAUUCUUCCUCAAAUCCACUGUUCUCCCCCCUUCUUCUGCUGAUUUCUCACCUUCAGUAUCAGAAUUUUCCCCCUUGGCAGAUGAUGGCAUCGAGGUUGUUGGAAAAUAUUGUCAAAAGUUUGCUGGGAAAGUCUGUCAGCUGAAGAUGGAAGAUGUUUAUUUGCUUGCAAUGGGUUUGAUUCUUGAUGGGAAUAUCAUUGGCUUUAUCAAAUUUGGUGUUGACAGGAGGAAAGUACAUGUGACGGCAAUUUCAAUGUUAUGGUGGUUGUCAGAGGAGGAUGGUUCAGAUCAUGUAGGCGCCUGGAGAAAAAGUGUUGGUGGUGGUCAAAGGAAGCACACAGCAGCUCAGCGUCAGAUCAUGCAUCAAUUGGACAAUCUCAAUAAUCUUCUCAGGGGGAGCUCAGGGGAGAAGUCUCACCAAACAAGAAGCAGCCGGAGAAGCAUAGAUGAUACUGCAUCAGAUUCCAUGGGAACUCGUGUUAUGGCAGUGGUGGCAGAUGGCUUCUUCUUCGAAAGUUUGAUUAGCAUUGCUCGUGAACGCAGGUUGCAGUUGGCACAGAGGAUCAAUCUCACCAUGGAUUUCAAUUGCACCGCCAAGGAUCAAAAGAAAGGCGUAGAUCAAUCCAUCUUACUAUGCUGCAAGUUCUUCGUCUCAGAAGCCCGUAACGUGGCCACUCUGGACGCAAUAGAACGCGCUGCGAGGUCAAACCCGGAGACCGUGAUUGUGAACAAGUUUCACGAUCGAGCGUACAACAGAACGAGAUACACUCUUGUGUCGUAUGUUCUGCACGACUGCACCGGAAGUGCCGUUUACAGCCCCUUGCACCAAACCGCCAUAGCCAUGGCUGAGGCUGCCUUCAACACCAUCAACCUCGAAUCCCACGACGGCGCUCACCCUCGCUUGGGCGUUGUUGAUGACAUCGUUUUCCACCCUCUCGCACGUGCGUCAAUCGGUGAGGCAGCGUGGCUCGCCAAAGCUGUUUCGGCAGACAUUGGCAACCGUUUCAGUGUGCCAGUGUUUCUGUACGCCGCGGCCCACCCAACGGGGAAAGCGCUGGACACCAUAAGGCGAGAACUCGGGUACUACCGACCUAAUUUCCAGGGCAGCCAAUGGGCCGGGUGGGCCAUGCCGGACACCCUCUCGCAGAGACCAGACGAGGGGCCCAACGUGGUUUCACGGGCCAAAGGUAUCUCAAUGAUCGGGGCACGCCCUUGGGUGGCACUCUACAAUGUGCCGAUCCAGUGCACUGACGUGUCAGCCGCAAGAAGAAUCGCACGGAAGGUGAGUGCUCGCGGUGGUGGGCUUCCCACAGUGCAAACGCUUGCCCUUGUCCAUGGCGAGGACUAUUCUGAGAUAGCCUGCAUGCUGCUGGAGCCCAACCAGAUUGGAGCAGACAGGGUGCAGCACACGGUGGAGACGCUGGCAGCACUAGAAGGAAUUGACGUGGAACAGGGUUACUUCACCGACUCUUCUCCCGAAAUGAUUGUGGAGGAAUACAUGAAACUGAUUACUGCUAACAGAUCGUGA